AGCUGUUAUUUCCCUCUUCCCUGCAGCACACGAGCAGGAGCAGCGCUGCCUGGCGUUUUUGGUUGUGUGGAUCUCAGUGAAACACCGGGGCGGCUCUGAGGUCACAGGGGAGCGCUCCACACCCCGCUCGCUCCAUGAGCAGGUCUCCAGGGAACCGCGGUGGCGCUGGCAGAGUGACCGGGAGCGGCAGGGACAUCGAGCCAUGGCCGAGGACAAGAUUCAGCGCAGCGCAGGGCACAGUAGCGACUGGUUCUCUCACGAUGGAAUGGAGGCGGGCGAGCUGGAAUCAACAACAAGCGCUUCACUAAAGCAUGUCCUGAAUUCCGUAGCCGCUGUGGGCCAGGAACACAGAAUGCCGCUGGAAUACAAAGCUCGGGUGCAGAAAGCAGGAAACAACAAUUUCCCAUUCUCUUCUCAUGACAACAGACAUGAAAUAUGCAAUGCAGUCGAGUAUUUUGACCUGGGCAUGGGCGUGAGGAAGAUGGAUCCAGAGAAGCAGAGACAGAACUCCCAUAACUUCUUUGAGUGGGCUCGUGCCCCAGGCCGCAGCAGCAGCGAAGGCUUCGUCACCAUGUACCAGAGCUCGUUUGUGUCACCUCAGAGCCCUGGAAACGAGGAGCACAGUCACAGGCGCUACCCCAAACACCACACCCAAAACCAAAACCAGUCCAGCACCAAACCUGCUCCUGAGAAUGACAAAGCCCUGCAGCCACACAAGACAUCUUGAUCAGCAGAACACCUCAGGAACACCUACCGAGCAAAGCUGAGCUAUUCACUACUCAAAGCAACUGUGAAGGAAUAAACAUUUGUGUAAAGUGCA